AUGAAACCUCAACCCCGCGGUCUCUAUUUCCAGCCCCGCAGUCUCUAUCUCCAACCCGCGGUCUAUUUCAACCCCGGUCUCUAUUUCCAGCCCGCGGUCUCUACCUCCAGCCCCGCGGUCUCUGCCUCCAGCCCGCGGUCUCUAUCUCCCAGCCCACGGUCUCUACCUCCAGCCCCGCAGUCUCUAUCUCCAGCCCCGCGGUCUCUACCUCCAGCCCGCGGUCUCUACUCCAACCCCCCGGUCUCUACCUCCAGCCCCGCGGUCUCUAUCUCCAGCCCCGCAGUCUCUACCUCCAACCCUGCAGUCUCUACCUCCAACCCCGCGGUCUCUCACCUCCAACCCCGCGGUCUCUACCUCCCAACCCCGCGGUCUCCUACCUCCCACCCCGCGGUCUCUACCUCCAACCCCGCGGUCUCUACACACCCAACGUCUCUACCUCCAACCCCGUGGUCUCUACCUCCAACCCGCAGUCUUUAUCUCCAGCGCGGUCUCUCCUCAACCCGCGGUCUCUACCUUUUGUGA